UUACAACCUUUUGUAACAUUUUUUCUUUUUUAGAAAACUUUUGUGUAGAAAUCUUAGUCCUCUGAAGCGGGACUGAGAUGUGAACAUUAUUAUUUUUCCUGUAAAUUUUCUGAGCAAACAUCUAAGCAAAUAUUUGAUGUAUUAUUUAUGUUAGAUAUGCACAAUAGUAAAAGUAUGGACUUUAACUCUGCAUUCGUAUCACUGAUCCUACUGAUAAACAUUCAAGGCUUUCUAACAUCAACAUACAGCUUACAAGUUAAGUGUGAAUAUGAGAAUAUUUGUGCAGUGAGGGAGACCAAUGUGACACUGAAGUGUAAUUACUCAGACAUCAACAUCAAAACUGGAUUCUGGUUCAGCCAGAAACAGAGAACAAGCUGGAGAAACAAAGAUGAACCUGAAGAUUUGACUUUAGAUUCAGAUUACUCAGGACGAGUGAAACAGCAAAUCACAAACACUGAAUCAGAGCUCACAAUAUCAGAUCUGCGAGAGAGAGACAGUGGAGAAUAUCAGCUCAUGUUCAUUAUGAAGGAUGGAGUUAAACAUCUCAGCUCAGUCACAGUCAAUCUAACAGUAACAGUCCUGCAGGUGAGGAAACACCAGAACAAACUUACCUGUGAUACCUCCUGCCCUUUAAGCUUAAAACCCAAACAUAUCUACUGGAAAAAAGAUGGACAAUAUAUAAAGGAAAGUGAAUCUGAAGAGUUUUCUUUGUCAUCUGCUGCCUACUCCUGUUUUCUCAGUCCAGACUCUAAAAUCUCUUCUGACUCUUUGUGUCUUUCUAACAGUGUCUGUUGGGGUGUGACUUACACCUCUACAAGAGUUUGUGCUUUAGUGGGAUCAACAGUAGAUAUUCACUCUUCAUACUCACAUCCCACUGGAGAUACAGUAGAGAAUUCAUACUGGCAUUUACCAAACAAUGAUUUGGAUCUGCGUGAUGUUCAUCAGUUUGCUGGUCGUGUGGAGUAUAUAAACAACACACUGAGAAUAAAAGAUGUCAACACGAGUGACUCUGGUGAAUAUCGAUUCAGGAUCAUCACUAACGCAAACUCUUAUUCUGGUUCACCUGGAGUCAUUCUCACUGUUACAGAUACACAGGUGAAAAGCAGUCCAGUCACUGUGUCAGAGACAGGGAAAGUGUUAUUGAGUUGUUCAGCAAAAUGCACUCUGGGUAACAACAUUACAUACUCGUGGUACAAGAACAGGCGUCGAGUAACAGAUGGAGUCAAACUAUAUAACAAACUGUACCUGGACUCAAUCAACAGUAAGGAGAUACAAGAGUAUUCAUGUGCUGUAGGAGAAACAGAUGUACAUCAAGUUCCAGAUUCAAAGAUGAGCACAAAAAUCACCAUAGUAGUACUGUUUGUGUUACUGAUUCUUGCAGUCAUAGGGAUCCUGUGUUAUAGGAGGAGGAGAAAGUAUAAAUCAUCUCAAAAAUGUGAUGACACAAAACCGUCUGCACAGCCUCAACCCGACUCAUCUACAUUGGAUAACUCCACACCCCUGUAUGCAGAAGCUGACGUUACCCACCAGACUCACUCAGAGGAGCAGGACCUUCAUUAUUCAAGUGUUAACUUCAAGCAGACCACAUAUUCCACACCUACUAUACAACAUUCAUCCACUGAUAAUGUUUAUUAUGCCACUGUGAAGUCAAAAUAACCCUUAACUAAAUCCAGCCUUGCCGACCCUUGCUGUCCACCACACUGUAACUUCAUGUCAAGGCCUGUGUGUUUGGAUAGUUUUAGUAAACAGUGACCAUUUAAUGAUUAAAGAGCUUGUCAGACCCUAGCAAAAGUGAUUGUAAAAUUGAAUUAAAAAUGUAAUGUAAUGUUUACAUUUAAAAACUGUAAAUGUAAUGGGUAUCUUUACAUUAUAGAUCUUAAAAAUAAGGUCCUACUUAGUAACAACCAUAUUAUUAAAUCAUGAUUCAUGAAAAUUAUUUAAGUUUUGAAAAGUGUGAUUUUUUUUACUAUAAACAGAAAGAAAGAGGAACUGAAAAAAUAUUGUGAAAUUUCCAGUUAAAGAGGCUUGUGGUCUUCCUGUAUUCUUUUAAUAGCAUGUUGUUUUAUUUUAACAUGAUUUUUGUUUCUAUUUGUACAUUUUUAUAAGUUUUAUAAGAAUAUAUAUGUUUUUUUACGCACAGUGAUCUAUCUUUAAGUUAGAUGAACUGUUCAAUAAAAUAAACAACUGUUUUAAACCAUAAUGGGGCAUGUAACCUGAUCUCUCACGCAAAUGUACUCGUAUUAUGUGGUGAAUUUGCAUAAACUUGUGCAGUGUAACAUUAUUAACAGGCACCUGCCGGGUGGCAGGGGUUGUGCGGUGGGUGCCUCCCCUUUACCCCUGAAUGACCAAAGUGCCAUUUUUGUUAAGGUUUUUUGUUGUAAUUUAAAGCCCCUUUGUGAAGGCCUGCCCAAUCUGACUAUUAGUAAAAUUAAUGAAAAAUAAUUUAGCCGUAAAUAAAAUGAGUCACAUGAUGACCUAUUGCCCUGUUACUGGAUAAUCUGUUCUGGGACGAUCCCUCGCUCACACGCUCUUACUACGAUACAGUACACAGGAUCCCUGCAUACACACUGUAAAAACAUUGCUGUAAUUAUACAGCUGGU